ACUUUCGAACUGAACGCUGCCUAAAAACUUUAUUUACUUUUUACGACUUUGAUACAGUUCUUUUAAAUUAUUUUCUUAAAAAGUUUAUUUCCAAUACAAAAUAAAAUCAAAGAUACUUUUAAUUACAUUUUUAAAUGAAUUAUCUGAAUUUCAUAUCAAAAUUAGUAUUAAUUUGUUAGAUUUACGGAAAUUGAUAUUUUUCCUAAAGUAAAUAUUUUUUACAACGUUUAAGAACAAUCUCUCAUCAUCAACAAGGAUGAAAGAAGAAAAGAUUAAAACUCCGAAACCAAUUGAUUGCAGCAGCUGCAAGUUCUUAUGCAGUCUUAACUUUUCUGAAGAUCUCAGAUUUGAAAUUUGCAAGAGUUUUUGGAAUCUUAACGACUACAGAAGAAAAAAAGAUUUUAUAUUAAUGAAUGUUAAGUGUUCGUUACCAAAAAGAAGAAGACCAUCAAAGGAGCCUUCAGAAAAAUCAAAAAUCAGAACAAACUCAAAAAGUUUUUUCCUCCUCAACAAAAGAGUUUGCCAAUCUUUCUUUCUCAAAACAUUAGCAAUCUCAAAUGGACCAUUAAACAAAGCAUUUGAGCAUAAAAAUAUUUACACAAACUUUUUUGAUGGUGACGAUAAGCGAGGGAAACAUACGCCAUCAAAUAAAUUAAGUAGUGCAAUUGUGGAAAGUGUCGUCAAUCAUUGUGAGAAAUUUGUUUGUCAAAACCAGAAAAGUAAAAGAAAGACCAUAACAAAUGUUGAUAUAAGAAGUCUCAAGCAACUUUAUAAUCUUUAUAAAGAGGAUUAUGAAGGAAAUAGUCCAAGUUACACCAGCUUUAAAAGAAUAUUUAACGAGAAUAAUUUUGCAUUUCCACUUGAUCGUGUUAGAAGCAAACCACAUCCAAAGUUAUCCGAUUCGAAAGUAGACGUAAAGAAUGAUUCUGAGUCUCUAACUCAAGAUAAUUUGGAAGAUGAAAUGACAUCAAACAAGGAGAAGCUCGUGACAAAACCUGAUCAACCUAAGGUCAUCGUAGCACAAGUUCCAGAAAGCUCGAAAUAUUUUACAAAUCCAUCAUCUCAAGUUUAUGAAAUACAAUUCAUAGAAAUUCCUUUAAACAAUCCGGUUAAAGAAGUUAAAUAUGACAUUUAUUAAGGGAUUUUUCUCUUUCUUUCCUUUUUUUGUUUCUCCCACUUUAAGUGUAAAGAAGAAUCAAAAAUUAAUGAAAUAAAGAAAAUAAAAAUUUAAAUCUUAGUCUCAAC